AUGAUAACCUUUGCCUUCCUCAGUGACACCAACACAGUGCAAGCCUUCUCCUUGGGCAAGAGAUCUGGAAAGAAGCUCUAUGGGACCCAAGGUGAAAAGAUGCCUUUUUCCAAAGUGAAGGCUCUGUGCGCUGAGCUCCAGGCCACCGUGGCCACCCCCAAGAAUGCCGAGGAGAACAAAGCCAUCAAGGACAUGGCCAAUGACCAUGCCUUCCUGGGCAUCACAGAUGAAGCGACCGAAGGCCAGUUUGUGUAUGUGACAGGAGGGAGGCUGACCUACAGCCACUGGAAGAAGGAUGAGCCUAAUGACUGUGGCUCAGGAGAGGACUGUGUGCUCCUUCUAAAGGAUGGGUGCUGGAAUGACGUCUCCUGCUCUUCCUCCUUCAUGGUCGUCUGCGAAUUCCCAGCCGAAGAGGUGGUCCCUCAACCCCGCCUUGGCUCUGCUGAGCUCUCUGCUGCCCUAAAAGAAAAUUCAGUGAUGUUUUCCUCAUGA